AUGAUACAGAAGCUUAUUCUUUUGUAUUACUCGGGAUUACGGUUAACAAAUACAUACAAUUUCUUACACAAAAAUAAUACCAUUCCCAUCGACAGUACCCUCUAUAAGACGGGUCAGUUGCCGAAGAACUUCCAGAUCGCGGGGUUCGCCCACAACGAGAACGCAACGGUGGCCUACAUUCGGUCGACUGUCGACCCCUAUGUGGUCAACACAUUGAAGGACUCGCAUGAGAAGCAACAGUACGAAGACUUCUGGAAAAUAGUGACGUAUAACUAUGGUGACUCAACGGCCACCAAGGAUUACGCACCCGUAGUGGACAUUGUGGACAAAUUUGAGACGGGUAAGACCAAAGGGCACCGAAUCGUGUACUUCGCACUGCCGCCCGAUAUAUUCGCCAAUACUUCCGCAGCGCUCAAGUCUACCCUCCUGUCCAAGACUGGUUGGACUCGACUGGUGAUAGAGAAGCCGUUCGGCAGAGACAGCGAGUCGUCAAAGGAGUUGUCGGACGCACUGAAGAGUCAGGGAUGGACUGAGGACCAGAUCUACCGCAUCGACCACUAUCUCGGCAAAGAGAUGGUCCAGAAUAUACUGCCCAUCCGUUUCGGGAACAACCAGUUGGAGCCCACGUGGAACCGACAAUAUAUAGCUAACGUGGAGAUCCUAUUCAAGGAGCCGUUUGGCACUCAGGGUAGGGGCAAAUACUUUGAAAAGUACGGUAUUAUCCGGGAUGUCGUCCAAAAUCAUUUGCUUCAAGUGCUGACUCUCGUGGCGAUGGAAAGGCCCGACACGUUAAGUGCUAGUGAUAUACGCGGACAAAAGCUCAAACUCUUGCAAAGUAUGGCUAACCUAAAGGUGUCGGACGUGGUGUUGGGUCAGUACGUGGGUAACCCUAAGGGCGUGGGAGAGGCACAGAAGGGGUACACCGAUGACAAGGAUGUACCCAAAAACUCGACGACAUCCACAUUCUCGGUGGUAGUGCUUCACAUCGACAACGAUCGCUGGAAAGGCGUUCCCUUUUUCAUCCGCUCGGGAAAGGCUACCGAUGAGAGUCGGGUGGAGGUUAGGGUUCAGUACAAGCCGUUGGAUAAGGACUUGUUUGGCGGCCAAUCCAAGCGCGAUAUGACUAUAUUCCGGAUACAACCCAACGAAGCCGUGUACCAGAAGUUUAACGUUAAGAGACCCGUAUACUAUGAAAUCUAUUCUCUAGGUAAUGCCUACCUUCCGGAUGCCUACGAGCGGCUACUAAUGGAUGUGUUGAACGGAAUUCAGUCUAAUUUCGUGGGAACGGAUGAGUUGGCGGAGGCGUGGCGUGUGUUUACCCCCGCCCUCCACGCUAUCGAUGACGCCCAAGAGAUGCCUCACGAGUAUGUGUUCGGCGCACAGACUUUCAAAGAGGCCGACGAUCUCGAGGCCAAGUAUGGGCUCAUCCGACAAAACAAUUAG